UUUAGUCGUGAUUCGUGAUACGUGGGGUUGACGGGUCGCUCGCACGAGAAACUCACUCCGGCCGGAGCUUGAACACCCGAAGCCUCCCACGACGGGCUGUCUUUGCUUCCUUACUUGUUUUUUUAUCCUGAUUGUGACCCGUUCAGGGGUUAUACGGCUCAUUCUCCCCCCCUCGGAACAUAUGGACUCUCAUGAGCAAAUAAUACGAAAUCGAUAGAGUGAAGUAGACUGUAUCGGCGGAUCCCCUGCAGAUUCGGCUCUUGGAACGGUGGCAGUUCCAAGCUCAAGCCCUCCAGCGGUUACCGUGCAUUCCUAAUUGACAAGAAAUCAUGCCGUCGAGUUUGAGGUUUGCUGUCAUUUGCUCGAGCAACCAGAAUCGGAGCAUGGAAACUCAUCUUUUCCUAAGUAAACGGGGUUUCAAAGUACGAUCCUUCGGAACCGGCGACAAGGUCAAACUCCCCGGAAACGCUCCUGACAAGCCAAACGUUUAUGAUUUCGGUACUCCUUACGAGGCGAUGUUCCAAGAUCUCAAGAAAAAGGACCUCCUCCUGUACACCAACAACGGCAUCAUGAGCAUGUUGGAUCGGAACAAACGAAUCAAACUCGCGCCGGAGCGCUUCCAGCAGAACUUCGAUAUUUUCGAUGUAAUAUUCACUGUGGAGGAGCGCGUUUAUGAUCAAGUACUGGAAGAGUUCUCCAAACGACCGAUCCGUUAUACAUCACCCGUGCACAUAGUCAACAUCGACGUGAUGGAUAACCACGAGGAAGCAACUUUGGGCGCUUUCAUGUUUUGUGAACUGGCUCAGCUUAUGGCGGACUCCGAGGAUCUCGAUAACGACAUCGACGAGUUAUUACAAGAAUUCGAAUCUUCAAAGAAUCGACCCAUACUCCAUACGGUCCAGUUCUACUAGGUCACCCCACUGCGAUAUCGGUGCGGUAAUAAAGUCGAGGAGAUGAAUUUCAGCUAUGAGACGGGCACGGUCCCGCGUUGUAUCUGACUCAUUGUGAGACGCGAGUCGCUUCUAAAGCUUGAGAGGAAGCUUGAUCCUCAGCUGAACUUUAAGGCAUGGACGUCUGAAUGGAUCCGUGCGGAGAUGGAAGACUUGCUACGGAAGCAGUAAUGAUGUAGCUUGCAGAUUUC